AUGCCAAUCCCACCGAACAUCCUCACUCGUCUCAGAGAAUCAUGGCGCGACAUCCAUCUGCGAGUCCUCAAGCGUCAAAUGUCUGACGACGCAAUCAAUCUCCCAGAACUCGACUUUGACUUUUUCAAUUCCUUCCCCCUUUCUCAGACUCACAUCGACAGAAACAACUUCGGCAGCAUAGUGUACUCCUCCCGCAUGGACACAAGAUUCCUUCGUCUGCAACUUCUCGUGCCAUAUUCUCCUGCCAACGAAGGCCCAGCCAAGGCGGAGUGGACGAAACGAAAGACCGACCUUGCGAUAUCUGUGAUUGGAUCCCUUUCAAAUCUCGCAUUGAUCUAUGCGACGGACUAUCAGGGAGAACUCCCCAUGCUCAUCCCGGCCAUAAUCGAGAACCACGCGUCAACAUUACAGGAGUUAAAACUGCACAGUAUCCCAGUCUUCACAUCGAGGCGACCAAAUGGGCUUUUGUAUCUGAACCCCGACCAAAUCCAUCUCAUGGCAACUCGUUUGAGAUCGCUCACGCGUCUGGAAAUGGAUCUUUCCCCGUUCGAUACGACUGGGGGCGACCAUAUGGCCAUGCCAUUCACAUCACCCUCUCCGACGACUGCCGCCUUAUCGACCCUGGUCCGCUCUCUACCAGCACUGCGGACAAUGAGACUCUGGAUCGAGAUCCCCGUCACCAAAUCAAUCUUUCAAGACGAUGACUCGUCGGGAACGCGUCCACCGCCAUUGAAGGAGGGUAAACUGUGCCAGACCGUUGCGAAUCUGUAUGCGCUGUUGAUGAAGGAUUCAGAAUUGACAAAAACGUCGAAAACGUGGGAAUGCUUAGAGGUGGCUUUCACAAGGUUGGAUACGUGGGAUCGACAGGGAGCUUACCCAAGGUUCUUGACCGUUAGAUUGCUUCCUUCGAACGCCGGUAUUGAUGCUUUGAAAGGAGAUGGUGCAAAAAAUGCUUGGGUGGGAGGGUUUACCAUUGAGGUCGGAGAGUGGCAGGACGACUAUGCGGAGGAAGACAUUGAGGGUUUCAUUGGUUAUGCCGUUGGAUUCAUCCAUUAA